UUUUUACACGACGCGUUUCCGCUUUCAACUUCAGCGUGAUCAAGCUAACUUAGCAAAACAUGUAUCGGUGAUUUAAUGUUGCUUUCGGUUGGGAAAAUAAACAAUAUACAUGACCGCGGGGGGAUGCACGCAUCUAUUCAGCGUCCUCUCCGGAACUCGUGAGCUUACAACUCAAAAUACUGCCUCGUUUGUAGCUCUAGUUAGCUGAGUUAGCUAACGCGCAACCUGCUACUUCAACCAUAAUAACAACGUUGUUCGAGCGCUUUGAAAAGCGGCACCAUGGCAAAUCUAGAGCAGUGGGUGAACGACCGCCUCCAUGACAUCCUGGGUUUGAGUGACAGAUAUGUGUCUCAGUUCAUGAUUGGCACUGCGAGGAAAGCACUGAGUGCUCAAGACUUUGUGUCGCGCCUCGAGCAGACGGGCACGAUCGACAUCGACCAGAGCGUGAUCGCCUUUGCGCAUGAGCUCUACGAGAAGAUUCCUCGCAAGCAGGUUGUUGAAAAAGCUUCCCGUGCAAUAGAACGGGAAGCCAUUGAAAUGGAUCGGAAGAAUCGGACGUACACGCUGCUGGAAGACAGCGACAGCGAGGGAGAUGCCGUGACAGAGAAACCGAAAGGGAACAAGAAGAGUAAGGACAGCGGAAACAAGAGGAAGCACAUCAGACGGAAGAAAGAGAGCGAGUCAACCAGUGAGGAUGAAGCACCUAAAAGGAGCGAUUUGGGCCAGUCAGUCAAGAAUGAAGAAGAGGAGGAGGAAGAAUGGGAGAAGGAAGAGCGAGAGCGUUUGCAAGACAUCGAAGAGAGAGACGCGUUCGCUGAGCGAGUUAAGCUGAAAGACAAAGAUAAGACCCGCAACAUAGCAGAGAGGACUGACAAAAAGGCCUACGAGGAAGCGCAGAAGAGGCUGAAGAUGGCUGAAGACGAUCAGAAUAAAAUGUUGCCAGAGUUGAGGAAACAUUCUCGCAGGGAGUACCUAAAGAAGCGAGAGGAAGAGAAGCUGGAGGAUCUGGAGGCGGAGAUCAUCGACGAUGAGUACCUUUUCUCAACAGACGAGCUGACAGCGAGAGAGAAAAAGGAGUUGGAAUACAAACGUACCCUUCGGGAUCUGGCUAAGGAUUACAAAAAGGCCGGUGCCAAGGAACAGGAAGAGAGGAAGAACAGAUACUACAUGCCAGAAGAGAAGAGAAGCAAGGAGGUGCCCCAGAGGGACCUGGAGCUGGAGGAAACUCCCAUGGAGCUGGGAGGGGAGCAAGGCCGCUGGGAGGAAGAGAGGCUGAAGACGGCCUCUCUCAGCUUUGGGGCCAGGAAGGAGCGGGAGCAAGGGAUGAGGCAUGAGCAGGAGAAGUACCAGCUGAUCCUGGAGGAGGAGGAGAUGAUCGACUUUGUCAGCACUGCCAUCACCAUGAAAGGGAGUCGGGCCGAGAUGGAUCAGGAGGCACCGGCUCUGUCACAGGCGGAGCUGAAGAAGCAGUCCAUGCAAGAGGUGCGACGCAGCCUUCCCAUCUUCCCCUACAGAGAGGACCUGCUGGCCGCCAUCAGCGAGCACCAGAUCCUGGUCAUCGAAGGGGAGACGGGCUCCGGAAAGACCACCCAGAUCCCACAGUACCUCCUGGAAAGUGGCUACACUCAAGGAGGCAUGAAGAUCGGCUGCACACAGCCCCGCAGAGUGGCAGCCAUGUCAGUCGCGGCCAGGGUGGCACAGGAAAUGAGCGUCAAGCUUGGGAAUGAGGUGGGCUACAGCAUCCGUUUUGAGGACUGCACAUCAGAGAGAACGGUGCUCAAGUACAUGACGGACGGCAUGCUGCUCCGAGAGUUUCUCACUGAGCCUGACCUGGCCAGCUACAGUGUGGUCAUCAUCGACGAGGCCCACGAGCGAACACUCCACACCGACAUCCUGUUCGGUCUGAUCAAAGACAUCGCCCGGUUCAGACCAGACCUGAAGGUGCUGGUGGCCAGCGCCACUCUGGACACUGAGCGCUUCUCUUGCUUUUUCGACGACGCCCCCGUCUUCAGGAUCCCGGGCAGGAGGUUCCCUGUCGAUAUCUUCUACACUAAAGCUCCAGAAGCUGACUACCUGGAGGCCUGUGUGGUGUCGGUGCUACAGAUCCAUGUCACACAGUCUCCUGGAGACUGUCUGGUCUUCCUCACUGGACAGGAGGAGAUCGAAGCAUGUUGCGAGCUGCUCCAGGAGAGAUGCAGGCGGCUGGGCUCCAAGAUAGCCGAGCUGCUGGUACUUCCUAUCUACGCCAACCUGCCGUCUGACAUGCAGGCGAAGAUCUUCAACCCCACUCCUCCUGGGGCCCGCAAGGUGGUGGUGGCUACUAAUAUAGCAGAAACCUCACUGACCAUCGACGGCAUAAUCUACGUCAUCGAUCCGGGUUUUUGCAAGCAGAAGAGUUACAACGCCCGCACCGGAAUGGAGUCGCUCAUCGUCACGCCAUGCUCGCGGGCUUCAGCUAACCAGAGAGCAGGCCGUGCGGGCAGAGUGGCUGCUGGGAAAUGUUUCAGGCUUUACACAGCCUGGGCCUUUAAACAUGAAAUGGAAGAAACAACUGUGCCUGAGAUUCAGAGGACCAACUUGGGAAAUGUCGUCCUGCUGCUGAAGAGUCUAGGCAUUAAUGACCUUAUUCACUUUGACUUCAUGGACCCGCCUCCGCAUGAAACUCUGGUCUUGGCACUGGAGCAGCUCUACGCCCUGGGAGCACUCAACCACCUCGGGGAGCUCACCAAGCUGGGUCGCAGGAUGGCUGAGUUACCCGUUGACCCCAUGCUGAGCAAGAUGAUCCUGGCCUCCGAGCAGUACAAGUGUUCAGAGGAAGUGUUGUCAAUAGCAGCCAUGCUGUCGGUGAACAACUCCAUCUUCUACCGGCCCAAAGACAAGGUGGUGCAUGCCGACAAUGCCAGGAUGAACUUCGUGGUUCCGGGCGGAGACCACCUGGUGCUGCUCAACGUCUACACGCAGUGGGUGGAGAGUGGAUUCUCCACGCAGUGGUGCUACGAGAACUUCAUCCAGUUCCGCUCCAUGAGAAGAGCCCGGGACGUCCGGGACCAGCUGGAGGGUCUGAUGGAACGCAUCGAGGUGGAGGUGGUCAGCUCCCAGGAAGACAGUGUGCCCAUUCGCAAGGCGGUGACGGCAGGAUACUUCUACCACACAGCACGACUGAGCAAAGGCGGCUACAAGACGGUGAAGCACCAGCAGACAGUCUACACCCACCCCAACAGCUCCCUGUUCGAGGAGCAGCCCCGCUGGCUCAUCUACCACGAGCUCGUCUUCACCACGAAGGAGUUCAUGAGACAGGUGAUCGAGAUAGAUAGCGGCUGGCUGCUUGAAGUGGCGCCUCACUACUACAAAAGCAAAGAGCUGGAGGACAGCAGCAGCAAGAAGAUGCCCCGCAAGCAGGGUAAAACGAAAGAGGAACUGGGCUGAAGAGAGGACCGAAACCUCGGGGGGACAGACGGCGAGAAAUUAAAACUCCCUUUCCCCCUCAGGGCAGGGUGGAAAUAGGAAAAUGACUUGGAAGCUUGAAAAAUAUAUAAAAAAAAGUGUGGAGAAUGUAGUUUGAAAACGUGGCUGCACAGAGCAGCGCGCACACACACACACACACACACACACACACACACACACACACACACGCACACACACACACACACACGGAGCAUAUGAAGGCACUUGGAGCUUCCUGCAUCAGCAGUGAGUGUGGACUCACCCUGUGGGUGAUUCAUCUCAUUAAUGAACCUGGGAAUUUUUGUUAUGGGAUUUUCCGGGUGCUUUUGAACACCCCUUUGUUGACAUGAACCAAAAUAAAAAGGCUUUGUCAAAUUUUGCAUUUGUGAAAGCAGCACAAAGGUGACAUAUUAUGCAAGUGGUGUUUGUGCACAUAAAUUUGUGUGUCUGGCUGUGGAGCCUGCUGGCCCACCAACUGUGAAUAAAGACCACCCUGUUUUUUUGUUGUGAGCUGGCUAAACCCUACAGCCUGGCUCUGGUUUCUCUCCCACUCUGAUGAGUAACCCCGCCUGCAAUCUGAGAAUCUCCACUUGUCUGGUGAAGGGGUGUGACAUUUCCUACACAUCGUGAAAGCGGUUGACCAAUCACAACAGACUGGGCCAGCUGGCCAAUCAGAGCAGACUGGGGUUUAUCGGGAGUGGGGGCUAAAUCCAGGCUUUUUCAGACAGAGGGUGGAGAUAGGAGCUGCAGGAAUGGGCAGUGUGAGAACACUGAUGCCUAUUCUGAACAUUAGAGCAUGUAAACAUUUUCAAGUGGUCACCCAAAUUAAAAGUAUGAACCUGAAUAUGACCAUAAUAUGUCACCUUUAAAGUGUACAUAUGGGCUAUUACUGUGACGUCCUCCACCGAGCUCAAAGGCUCCUUAUCUUGUUUUUUUUCAUUUUUUUCUAGCUCAAUAAAGGUUUACAACCAUC